AAUGAAAUUAGUACUUGUUAUGUAGUAUAUAUAUGCUACUACCAUAAAGCCUUUCACUUUAUUUUAGCUCCAUUAUUCUCAUCCAAAAUAUUCCUCUCUUUCCUUUAUCUUUCUUCCUUUCCUUUCCUUUCCUUUCCCUCUCUAAGUGUACUACUAGCAUUUCUCCUCCACCUUCAAUUUGAUGUGAUUCUCCACUAACAUAAAACUUUACAAAAGAGAAUUUUUAUAGAUCAUAUUCAAGAAUUUGCUAUGAAUUUUUCUUCAAUUCCAUAUCUUGAUCCAGCCAACUGGCAACAGCAAGGUGGAGGUAGCAUCCAAAAUCAUCAUCACCAUCAACUUACAUCACCACCAUCUCAGACUGCACCACCGCCGCAAGUACCACCGCCUCCUCCCGUACCCCUGCAGCCUCAUGGAGGUGGCGGUGGUGCAGGUACCAUUAGGCCGGGCUCGAUGGCUGAUCGAGCCCGGAUGGCUAACAUACCUAUGCCUGAGGCAGCCCUAAAAUGCCCUAGAUGUGAUUCAACAAAUACCAAGUUUUGUUACUUCAAUAACUAUAGUCUCUCACAGCCUAGACACUUUUGCAAGGCUUGUAAAAGGUACUGGACUAGAGGCGGCGCGCUGAGAAAUGUCCCCGUGGGAGGGGGUUGCAGGAGGAACAAAAGAAGCAGCAACAGCAAAAGUGGUAACAACAACAAUAAUAAUAAUAAUUCAAAAUCUCCGGCUUCUAGCACGAGUACUGAUGGUCGUCAAGCUACUAACAAUUCGGGUUCUACAAGUACAAUUUCAUCACAUAGCAACAGCUUUACCGGUCCAACAUCAGCAGCUAGUUUAUUAGGUCUUAUGACCCCUCAAAUUCCGCCUCUUCGUUUCAUGUCACCUUUAGGUCAAUUUAGUUCUGAUCAUCAUCAUCACCACCACCAUUUUACUCCGAGUAAUCACAUGAACUUGAAUUUUUCUACAAGUACUUGUGGUAACAUAUUAGGUGGUACUACUGAAGGUAUGAUGGUUAAUACUAACAACAAUUUGCUCGGUGUUGGUGUUGGUGUUGGUGUUGGUGUUGGUGCUGGUGCUGGUGCUGGUGUUGGUGGUGUUGCUUCGCUUUUAUCAAGUGGAAACCUUGAACAUUGGCGUAUGCCACAACAAUUCCCUAAUUUCUUAGGUGGAUUUGAUCCGUCUAAUUCGCCUUCUUCUGGUGUUAGUAACUACCCAUUUCAAGGUGGUGUUCAUGAGGCAGUACAAUUCCUUGGUGGUGAGAGUACGAGUCAAAUUAGCAGGCCAAAAAUCUCGACAUCAAUGCUGAAUCAGAUGGCUUCAGUGAAGAUGGAAGAUAGCAACAAUAACAAUAAUAAUCAAGAUCAAUCAGCUUUGUCAAGGCAAUUGUUGGGGAUACAAGGAAACAAUGAAAAUUGGAAUACUGCUAGUGCUUGGAGUGAUCUUUCUGCUAGUUUUAGCUCUUCUUCCACUAGUAAUGCCUUAUAAUUAUUGAAAUUCGUGACGAAGCUUAAGCUUCUAGUGAAGAUGGAACCCAGACAUUGGGAACAAAAGAUCGAUCGACCAUAUGAAAACCCUAGAUUUGUUAUUUUUUUUUUCUUUCUAAGUGUUUUGUUUAGAUUAUUUGUAGUUUGUUAUGGUAAUAUGUUAGAACAUGUUUGGAGUUGAGUGUUUUUUUUUUAGUAGCUUUUGUGUAGACAUGAAGGUCUAAUUUUCAAAGUAAUUGGCUCUAGGUGUUGGGCUAUAAAGGUGAUCUUAUAUGGCUAACAUUUCUAAUGGUAUAUCAUCUUCAUGUUGAAAUUUUAUGGAAUUUUUGUAUUUUUGUUUGUGUA